GCUAGUCGAAGCGUCGAGUUUUGACAGAUGAAAACGAUGAAUUGAGCUGGCGUGUACCUGACGCCAUUUAAGUGGCUGAAAGCUUGUUGGUAUCCAUGGUUAAAACAACUGACCGUUCACUGCGAGUUACCGUGGUAUGAAGAGAUAUUUUGGCAAUUCAUUUGACUGACGCUAGCAACAACACUCUUCUCCAGAAUCACCAUCUAAAUGCAAGAAAAACAUUGAAAAUGUUCUUGGAACUUGCCAUCUCCUGACGGUAAUUGAUUGACAUCGAAUCUACGCCCGUACUUUGCCUCUGACACCUGUUGAAAUUAAGAUGCAGGUUUACCAAGCGAAGAAUUACUGAAAUGGGAAACACGGUGGAUUGCUUCAGCUGUUUUGACAUCCCAGGUCUGGUAAUAACCGUCAAAACUGGAGACACGAAAGGUGGUGGAUUGCACAAUACAGCUUAUUUGACGAUCAUUGACGAAAAAGGAAAUAGAUCUCAAGAAUUAUGCCUGACAGGGUGUUGUGUUACGGUGUUCAAGAAAGGCCACACGGAUACUUUUAAGAUCUGCGAGCCAGUGAAAAUCGGACGCUUUUGCAAAAUCGAAUUCGUUCGACGGGAUGCAACGGGUCGUAGAAAUUAUGUAGAAUGGUUCAUUGAAACGAUUGAAAUUCGACGCUAUACCGCAGGAGACUACGAAGAUUUUAUAUUUCCAUGCCAUCGAUGGAUAAAGAACAAACAACCCUUAAUUUUAAGGAUGUUUGAUAGCACCUUACCUCAGUUUGAUGUUGAGACUGAGCAAAGGGAAACGGAAUUAUUUUGGAAAAGAACUAUGUAUCGAUAUUACAGAAGACGACCUGGAAUUCCGCCUCAGAUAAGCUUCUGCCCGAAAGAAGAGGUUUUUAGCUGCAAUCAUCAGUGGGAUAUCAUUGUGAGGCGAUCUAGUUUAGUCAACGCUUUCAAUCUGCCAGACUACGGCUAUGAACCUUGGAACUCGCUUCAUGACUUUGACGAAAUUUUUGACAGAAAAUUUGGCAAACCAGCGGGACGUAACUAUUGGAGAGAUGAUGUGCAUUUCGCUCGACAGAGAUUGUGUGGCUGUAAUCCAACGCUGAUUCGUCUUUGCACCGAAGUACCUGACAAGCUUGCUGUUACGUCAGCAAUGCUAGAGCCAUUUCUUGAGGGACAAACGUUGGAAAUGGCGUUGGAAGCAAACAGGAUCUUUAUUGUCGAUUUAGAAAUCUUGGCCCGGUUAGAACUAGAUGAGUCAAGAAAGGUUGUGUCUCCAAUGGCAUUGUUCUUCCUGAGUCCAUCGAAGUGUUAUCUUGUUCCUAUCGCCAUCCAGCUCUAUCAGGAGAGAGGAGAGGAUAAUCCGGUUUUCCUUCCCAGCGACCCUUGGUACACCUGGGUGCUAGCAAAGAUGUGGUUCAACAACGCUGAUGCGCAGUAUCACAGAGCAUGCGUACUGCUAGGAUACACCCAUCUUCUUUUGGAAGCAGUUUCCAUAGCAACACAUCGUCAGCUUUCUCCUUCACAUCCGAUCUAUAGAUUACUAGCACCGUACUUACGUCACGUGAUUCCCGUGAACUGUUUUGAAGUAAACGAAUUGCUCGCGCCAGGUUCUUGGAUUGACAGCGCGACAACUCUCGGAGCGAAGGGCACCCAGGAUCUUAUAGCCUUAGGUUGGCAAGAUUGGAGAAUGGAUGUGCAUGGCACUCUACCGGCGGACCUUGAGCAAAGAGGAGUGGCUGAUCCUUCAGUACUGCCAGAUUAUCCUUACCGAGAUGAUGGCCUCAUGUUGUAUAAUGCCAUCAACAAGUACGUCACUUCAAUUGUGGAGGCGAGAUAUGAUGAAGAAGAAACACUAACAGACGAUUAUGAGCUUCAGGCUUGGGGACUGGAGCUAGUGGCAGAUGGAAAUCCCGGGUGCGGUAUAAAGGGCGUGCCGGGUGAAGGCAGGUUCGAAACAACAGAACAGCUCUGCCAAACAUUAACAUCCAUAAUGUUCACCAGCACAGUUGGACAUGCCGCGGUUAACGUUUCUCAGUAUGACGAGUAUGCGUUUCUUCCAAAUUAUCCAGCCAUCUUGAAAGGACAACCGCCAAGAGAUAAGAAAUGGAGGGAAGAAAGAGACAUCUUGGCGUGUUUACCGGCAAAAAACAUCAGUUUGGAUAUCAUAGUCAUAAACAAGCUCCUUUCAGAGAGGCACACCAACGGUUUAGCUGAUUUUCACGCCAUGUACCAACAUGACCCAGUUGCCAAGAAAGCGAUUUCCAGGUUUCUAGACGAUUUGAAGUGUAUUGCAUUAACCAUAUUGGACAGAAACAAAAAAAGACAAGUGGUCUAUGAGUACCUCAACCCUACGAGAAGUUCGAACUGAACUUUGAAAUGCAAAACAGAUGGUUUUGCUUGCGACAUAGCUCAACUUAUUCACGGUUGCAGCAGGAAAGACUUCGCAUCUAAUGUCAGUUUGCGAUAAAACACAUGUUGGCAAUUCAAUAUGACAGCUUAUUGUGGAUGUGAAAAAAUAAUUUUACUUUUUGAAAAAAUCAGAUUUCAGUAGGGCUCAACAGAGCUAAUAUUUAAUUAGUAUUAAUUUGUAAAAAAUGCUAGGCGUAAGGAUAAACAGAAAGUUUCUGUAUUUCUCACUUUGCUUUAUAACUUUUGCACGAUUUAUGACACACAUUUUGUGUUUGAGUAAUAGUUUUUGGGUAAAGCUUUUAAGGAUAACAAUGUUCACCAGACAAUUGUAUAUUGCAAGUUAUGAUAAUUUAAAUUUCGAGAUAGCAUUGAAUGACCUUUUACUACGAAGUGACCUGACUACAAUGAUCACAACUAUGACCAGUGAGAAGGUAAGUAACGCAUGUUUCAUCAUGUCCCUCCUCCCUCGGAGUAGUAUUUAGUGGAGAAAUUAAGAGAGGGGUCCAGGUAGACCCACUUCAUUAUUUGACAAAGGUCAGGGUACCCAGAGACGAUGUCAAUAUUGCUAUCGGGAGCAGGCUCCCAUUAGUUUGACUUCCCCCAACUUUUCCCUUCCUUCCGGCUUAACCUUGAAGCCGCCACAUCAAUAUAGCCUAAUGUUAGUUUAUGCUAUUGAUCACAUUUUUGUUCAUUAGAUUUCAGAAUCGUUUUUGCAGCAUUGCAUUAAUCAAAGAAUAUUUUUUGUGUCGAACUGAAAUGUAUAUUACUCAGAAGUAGCAUUUUAAGUUUGAUAACGAAAUGAAAGGCCAAUAACGGUGGGUAAAGGUGUGACAAAGAUCGGCUUGCAUCGUUUCUGAAGUCUUUGUUCUUUAACCAGCGUUCGAAACCCAUUGCAUAAGACAAGGGCAGAGAAGGCUCUGCGGACGAGAUUAAAGAUUGAGAUCGAGGAUUUUCCUACCGAUCAGUUUCUAUUUGUUAUUUUUCUUAUAUCUUGGGUAAUCACUGGUGAAAGAGGUACGCUUGCAGUUAUAUUAGUAUGGGUGGUGGCAAUCGCUUCGACAUCCUCUCUUGUCAUAUUAGGUAACUAGGCCGCAUUUUAAAGGCCCCACUUUUUCAAUCACAGCAAAUAAUAAUUUUCUUUAUUCAAACGACACAGUUAAUAGUAGUCAUUUUAAGGACAUUGGCAGAUGUAGACAAAUACUCUUCAUAGCGGAGAAAAACAAAAAAAAAGGAUAUAAGGGACUAACAGUGUGGAGCCCUAAAAGGUACAUGAUAACGUUCUUAGUUCUCGAAGAAAAACAAAAUAAAUGCACGUAGUUCUCUAAAUCUAAAUUUUAAGCUUCAGAUAAUGUUAUUGAAUCAAUGCUUGUGGAAAGGAAAUAUUGGGGAAUCUAGUUUGCAACGCAAAUAUGUUAAUAAUAAUUUAUUUCAGUUUUGAAAAUCAGGGGAAAAUGGGAUGGGCACUAGAAUUGUAAAAUGAUUAUGAACAAUAAUAAGAUUCUAACUAUGUUAAAUUUUGAACAAUUGAUUUUCACUUAUGAACGAUGACAAGAUUGUAACUAUAUGUUAAAAUUUAAUCAAUCCAUUUUCACUUACUGUGAUUUUAAUGUACACUGAAUAAAUUAUAUUAACCCUUGUUAUAUGUUCA